AUGGAGACAUCACCACUCCAUCUUCACCUUCACCAUGCUCGUGGUCCAGUCACUAUCGUAGCAAGUGCUCCGACCUUCCCUCCCUACGCUACGCCGGGGUUGACGGCCAACCUGGUAUGCCGAGUGGUGCUAGCCGUUGUGGCCAACUUGGUCUGCCUCGUUCCCCUUCGCCUUCUGUACCGCAACGGCGAGCUUGCUGCGGUGGUGUUUAUCCUCAAUAUUCAGGUUAAGAACCUCGAAACCAUCAUAAACGCACUCAUCUGGCGCAACGACGACAUCAUGUCAUGGUGGCCUGGCUACGGCUGGUGUGACUUCGACGCUUACAUCCACAACAUUAGCAUUGGGCUUUUUGUCACUUGCCUGCUGGCAAUCAUGCGCAACCUGGCUCAACAAGUUGGCUUGAUGCGAGCCAAUACGCUUACAACGAGCGAGAGACGCCGCCGCAACUUGAUCCAAGCUCUCAUCAUCUUCCCCUUUCCCAUUCUCCAGCUCGCAUUGACUUGGCCGCUCACAGCCCAGCGCUAUUUGGUUGGCACGCUGAUGGGGUGUAAUUGGAUACCGCAUCCCUCCUGGCCGUUUCUUAUCUUCUUUGUACUGCCACCCCCGAUCUUCGCCUUGAUGACGACGGUGUAUGCUAUCCUGAUAUACAAGAGAUUUCGUCAAGUUCGCAAGACGACCGAAACAGCACUCUGUGGUAACCGUGUGGCCCAGCAGAGGAGCCAAAGGACACGGAGAAAGCUCUAUCUCAUGGUCAUCUCCAUCCUGGUUCCGUUUCUCCCCAUCGUCAUGGCGCUAUCUGUACUCAACAUCAUGGAAAUGCAAGGCCUUAAGCCGUACAGCUACGAUCAAGUUCACAACCACGCCUCCCCAUUCCCAUGGAACACAAUCAUAUUCUUCCCCUCGAGUCAGAUUGGUUGGACUUACAUGAACAACUGCUACAUCCCAAUUGCUACCGCUAUUCCAAUUUUCGUCUUUUUCGGUCUAACCAAAGAUGCCAUCAACAACUACCGCCAGGUUUCCCUCUUCUUUGGAUUGGGCGCCAUCUUCCCGGUUCUACACAACGAGUAUGAUCCCGACAAGGCGGUCACUACAAGCGGAAACUCCUUUGGAUCCAGUCGAUUGCAGCCAAUGCUAACCAGCCUGCCGUCAAAGGCCGGGGCUCCUGCCUCAUCCAAUCCGUCCAGCCAAACUGUGUCCAUGGGGCCUGGAAGCCCCUUGAAUGGCGAACCGAGACGACCAGAUGCUCAUUUCUUCACAGAGACUGAGCAAGCCACUCCACGUAAAAGAAGACUCCCUGGCCACAACCCCUUCCUAUUCCGUACUCGCUACAACCUUGCUGUGCCGGCAUCUCUGCGAGGAUGGUUCGUGGGGAACAAGAGCCAGCCAAACGUCGAGAUUGUAUCACAUCUCGAUCCAGUUCAGUCAGGUCCGCCGUCGACGAAGACCUAUCACGCGCCAGCUCUGUCUGAGGUCAAUGUCCAAACGACGGUCUGGUGUGGCGAUGAAGCCAAGUCCGGCCAACCCGAGUCUUUACGCAUUGCCAGGAAAGAGGUGGCUGGGAAAGUUCAGGUUCAGACCGCGGUGUCGCGAAAGACUGAGACUAUCCCAAGCUAG